AUGGCUUUCUCUGCAAACUCCAAUCAUGCUCUCCUUCUCCUUCUUCUCCCAGCCCUCCUCCUCCCAUACCAGGCAACCUCCGAUCCCCACCAACCCAAAUUCAAAUCCGCACACUUCACCAUAUACCAACACGACACGUUCAACAAAUCCGCAUACCUCGUAACCCAGGGCCUACCAGGCGACUGGGAUCUCGUCACGCUCGGCACCCCCUUCGGCUCCCUCCUCGUCUUCCAAGACGUUUUAACCGCAACACAGGACCCAGACUCAGAGGUUGUUGGCUCUGCGGACGGAAUUUCCAUAGCUUCUCGCUUUGAUGGGUCGUUGACUGUUAGCACCGUCAAGUUCAGUCUCAACACCACCGUGUACAAGGGGACGCUCUCUUUCGUGGGGGGAACGCACGUUUCGGAGGCGUCGGAUCACCCCGUCGUGGGCGGCACCGGAGAUUUCUUGUUUGUUACGGGCUAUGGAACCUCCACGCUGGUGAAGCUGGAAGGUGUGGCGUCUGUUUACAGAAUAGAUCUUUAUCUCUACUGGCCUCCUUAUGGCACUCCUAAGACCUCCAUCUAA